AUCUGAAAGGCAUACCCUGUACAGUACCCGCUGCUCGGAUGGGAACUGUUUGCUUUUUAUAGAUUCGGUGAAUUUUAUUCGACACACACCAAAAACAACCAACUUAUUGUCCAAAUGAGCGCUCUCUUUUCUGGAAAACGAAUGUCAAAUGGUUAGUUAAUUAUGCCCCUAUUGCCUAUUGCUGGGGUCAUUACACGCCAAAUUGCAACGGCAUUAUCUUAAUCCGCCCGAAGAUCAAAGAUAACGGAAGUGAUCGCGGCAUCAGCGUCCAAGCGCGCCUAUAAAAUGGCGCUCACGCGUGAGCUUUAGUUUCACUGGCAAAGCUGAAAUGUUACACCGCACCGAACCAUGGACCCGGGCGUGUGCGAUCAUACUGGUUGCGUUCGUUUGUAUGAAUUCGGCCAAAAUUAUGAUCACCAAGGUCGACUACGUGUCGAACGCGGACUACCUAACGAUGCAGGUCCGGGUCAACAAUGAAACCGAGGGCAGUACGGUCGAUGUGGAUGGGAAUUUGUUCCUGGACGUGUCGCAGGGUGUGUCCGUCGCGAUCGAUCUCGACUCGAAGAUGGACGGCGAGUACAUGACCAUGAUCGGCACGACCAAGGAGCUGUGCAGUGCGGAAGACACCGGCAUGGAUCCGGUGGUGCCGCUGCUGAACGACGAGCUGCAAAAAUUUGGCAACCUUAGCUUCAACUGCCCGUUUCAAAAGGGAUACUACCGUGUGCGAAGGUUCCGCAUGAGCGACGAUCACAUGCUGGUGAAGAUGGUACCGCCCGGUGAGUACAUCGUCAAGAUGGACCUGCAGCAUCAGCAGCCGAACGCAACCGACAAGAAUCCGGUGUUUAAGCUGUCGUUCUACUUCGAAAUUUCAUAAGAUUUACAUCAAAAGGAAGUAGAAGAAGUAUGGUCGGAAAAGGAUGAAGAAGAAGAAAGUAGUGAGGAGUGUAUUAGCGUUUUUAAAUGUGUGUGUACGUGUGUGGCAAAGCAACUUUAAACUUUGAAAUAAAUGCAUAGGCUUCGGA